AUGGCCAUCAACGUGGGGAAGGCAAACCUUGUGGAGCAAUUGGAGCUCAUCCUCAGUCUCCGUGGCUCCUACCCGAUAUUGGCAAUCGAUACAGAGUUCCCGGGGUUCAUUCGCGACACCCCUCGCAAUGCCACCGAAGAAGAAAGAUACAAUGACGUGAAGCACAACGUGGAUAACAUGCACCUGAUCCAGCUGGGCGUCGCCUUGUUCGACGAAGGCGGCAACACUCCAUGGCCGGGGUGCUGUUGGCAGUUCAAUUUUUCGGAUUUCGAUCCCGAUGUGGAUGCUUCCUCUCCCGACUCCAUCGAGUUGUUGGUACAGAGCGGGCACGACUUCCAGCAAAACAGACGACACGGCAUCGACGCGCGGCGGUGCGCCUAUCUGGUAUGCGUGAAGCUCUUCUGCCAACCCUACAGCUCCAAGUAUGUUACGUUUCAUGGACUCUACGACGUGGCAUUUGUGAUAAAGAUGAUCACCCGAGCCCCACUGCCCAACACCUUGAACGAGUUCUCUGAUUUGGUGAGGACCAUCUUUGGCCAGAUUUAUGAUCUCAAAUAUAUAUCUCGAUUUUGUGGAGGACUGCGUCGGGGAGAGAUUGGUUUGGUGGGACUAUCAAGGUUAUUGAACUUUGAACCCGUAGGGAUCCGUCACCAAGCAGCAUAUGACAGUCUACUAAUUGGGGCACUCUUCAACAAAAUGAAGCAACGAAGGCAUAACGUAGAGGACGACAGAUCUGCAUCGGUCCUCUAUGGGAUGGUGAAUCUCCGAUCACUCCUAGGCGGUCAGGCGCCACCGACUCCGCCUUCAGCGACGCCGGCCGACCCACUGCCCGGCUCGGAGGGCGCCCCGCUGGAGGUCGAGGCCGAGCGCCCUCGGAAGAAGGCGAAAGCAGCGGCUCCCAUGGGGACUGAAGCGGGUCCCUAUCGAGGCGAGGCCGGGUCCAGCCAGCAGGUGGCUGGGAAGGGCCCUCGCCCUCCCAGCGUGCGCGACCUGUGCCGACUAACCACCAGGGACGAGGAGCCGUUUCUGGCACGGGUGGUGGGCGAGAUCCCGACCGGGGAGGCAGGCGAUCCCAUGGUUGCAUGCUGGGGAGGGCGAAGUGGGGAGCUCAGGAAGUGGCGCGUGAAUCCGGGCGGGGGGCUCCCGCUGUUGCAAAGGCUGGGUCACAUGUGGGGGCGUCAAAUGGGAGACGAGCGGGAUGAUAGUUUGGACCACGCCCGUCAAAGCUCGGACUUGAUGAGUGAGGUCGUGAAAGGCUUCGGGCGAUACGGGCGGCGGGCCGGCAGGGGCGCCGUCGGGUGGCGACAAACCCGGGUCGUUGAAUAA